GUUCUUUUUAUUUAACUUGUCAUAUUUUUUCUACUUCUUUUCUACUGGUUCACAUCGUAAAAUCUAUUCAAAAUAAAUAUAAACGUAACUUUUCUUCUAAAAAUACUGUAUUUUCUGUUUAUUCUCAAUUCGAAAGAUAGGCACUAAAUACCACGUGAUGUAACGCGCGUUGUAUUCUUCGAUUUGAAAAUGAAGUAACGUUAGGAUAUCAAAUAAAGCAAAGUCUUUAAUAUGGUUGUUGAGGUUAAUGACGUAUAAUUCGAAUUUGUCGAUUUACUUUGAUAGAAGUUAGUAACAUCUACAAACAUUGUUAUAGUAGGAUCAAAACAUCAAUUACGAUACAAAUGACGUUUUGAUGUUAAUUUGAAUUUAGCUAAUGCGCAUAUAUCGGAAAAUAUGUUAAAUACAACGUAUCCUUAUGUGCUUAUUUGCUUGUAUAACGAUAACUAAAAAUGAAACAAGCAAAAAACACAAUAUACGUGAAAAACUAUGAAUGAGUAUUAUCAUUGUAUUAUAUCAAACGAUUCUGUUUGUUAACCAACAGUGAUACAAUUAUUUGUCUGUGUGUUAUACAAUCUGGACGUGCAGUCAUGAACGUUCAAGAAUACGUUUGUGCCAAUGACCAAAUCAGUGACCGUUAUAACGACGAUGUUUAUGGUCUUGUAACUCAAUUGAGCAGGCACAUAUUACAUUCGUAUCGAUCCUCCCACCGAAAUGUACAGUUUACUUAUGAUCAUGAUAUCAAAAUAAUUAAACACCUUCGAAUCAAAGCUUUUGAAAUAUUACUGAAAAAAAGUGAUCGUUUGAUCCCUAGCCAAGAUUAUGAAGCACUUCAAAAGAUAGAUCCACUUUUAGAAUUACAAAAGCAUGCUUUUGUAUUGAAAUUGAAAUUAAAUCAUUCAUACAAUGCUAAUAUGUUAGAACAUUUACUGGAAAAUCUUGAAGAAUUCCCAUGUGGUGAACUACCAGUAUUUUCUAUUUUGCAGCUACUAAUGCAAUUAAAAAAUUGUAACAUUAACCCUGAGCCAUUAACGAAUAUAUUUUAUUUUGACAAAGCAAAUCCUGCUUUUCCUGAAAUCACAUACAAUAAUAAUAAAAUACCGCCAUUCCAAAUAUACCCAAUGGAAUGUUUCAUAUCAUCGGAUAAAUUUGAAGCAACACUCGAAAGAUAUCCAGUUAAAAGAAUUGCACCUACAAAUAUCAUGAAUGAAUUCAAUUUUUUGGAUAAUUCAAUAAAAUCCAAAGCCAUAGUUGGGGUUGAAUCCAUUGAUAUGUCUACUGCAUGUGAUUUUAUGUCCAAUCAUAUAUUUGAUAAAAUAUCAUCACAUAUGCUUUCAUGCCCAAACCAACAGUAUAUAAUAAAUUCAGAGCUUAAUAUACAUAUUUUACAAAAUAAUAUGAUUGGAAGCAAGUGCGAAAAUAUAUGCAGCUUUCCUUUGGAAAAAGGAGACACAGCAAAUUAUUUGUAUCUCCCUUUUAUGCAGACAAAUACAGAUGAAAAUGAAAGUAUUGUAGAUACAUGGAAAGUUCUAGAUCAAAGUGUUAGCAAUGAAUCAAAUAGUACUAUGAACAUUUGGAAUCAUAUAUGGAAUCAAAUUAGUGUUACUAAUACUCUACCAACUAUAGAUCAUCAAACAUGGGAAUACUUUGGAGAGACACAAUCUGUUAAAGAAUUGAUGUUUAUAACAGAUACUCCAAUUGCAGCAAUACAUCUAGAAAAAGUUAAGCAAAUGAAUGAUUUAUUUAUAAUCUCGGAAGAAUUAAUGAAUUCUUCGCUUCUUUUCGAACAAGUGUCAACCAAAGAAUUUAUAUGUGAUGUAAAAUCAAUGUUGCUGGGAAUAGAAUCAAAUUCCUUUGAGUAUAGAUGUGCUACAGGAUUUAUCUUACGAAGAAACAUUAGUGUAUAUGGUAUAAGUCCAGAAUCAAUAAAGAAGAUUUGUCAAGAAGCUAUUAAUUGGGGUAAUUGUUUUAAAUUCUUGUGGAAUCUAGUUACGCACAAAUCACAAAGUAACAAAUUACCACAAGAAGGACUAAUAUUUAAGGCUCUAUGUACAAAUAUCAAAGAAUUAUUGCUUUACUAUCAAGCAGCACUAAUAAGAAUUUUUACACAUGAAAAAGAAUCAGAGGGAAUAUUAAAAAUAUUUCAAAAAGUACGUUCUGUGGCUAAAUUAAUCACUAAAGUUGCUAAAGUUUGUGAACCUUACAAAGAAAAUCAGUACAUGUCCCAAGAAGGAAGUAGCAUUCUUACUAGAAUUUAUAAUGAAGCAAUUAAAGUGACAGAUGCCAAAAUUGCUUUGGUAUUUUAUUCAUUAUUAAAAUCUUGCUGUGAAGUUUAUUUUCAAUUUUUACAGAAAUGGAUAUUUGAAGGUAUAUGCGACGAUAUAUAUGGAGAAUUUAUGAUAAAAACGCGUCCACAAUAUUUACGUAAUAGAAGUCACAAAUUUUGGACGAAAAGUUUUAGCAUUUGCAAUGAUGAGGUGCCAGGUUUUUUGAAUGAUCUAGCUGAAUCAAUACUUCAAUGUGGCAAAACAGUAAGACUUCUAAGAAUUUGCGACUCCAAAAAUCCAGUAUGCCGUGUCUGUGUAACUGAGCAACCAGAAAUAAAAGUUUGCUUAAGCAUAAUGUCGUUACACGAGCAGUCAUCAAGAUAUCGAGAAUAUGAAAAGAAAGGUCAAACUGCACUUGGUUCGAUACUUUCUCUUUCCACGGCUAUCUUAAACCAGAAGCAGUUAGAAAAAGAAAUGUCAAAAAUAACUAUACUUUCAGAACGUGAUACAUUAUUGAAACUUCGUGACAAGGAAGAACCAGGGGACACAGUAACAACAGUAACACGAGUAAAACAAAAUGUUUUAACAAGUCCACAAGAACAAGUACUUACAAAUAACUUACAAUCAAAUAAGGCUGAAGAAAUUGAGUUAUCAAACAAGAUACAAUUAAAAAUCGAACAUGAUAAAGGAGAAAGUAGAAUAAAGGAAACAUCAGAAUCCUUAGAACGGACAAUUGUUUGGAAUUAUUAUGAAGGUUUAGCUAAUGAUAUUAAUAAACGAUGCAUUCGUUCACAAUGGCGGAAGAAAAGAAUGAAAUUGUAUAAUGAAAGAGUGGAUACAUUAAGUAGAGCAAACCAAGAAUCAAGGAACGAGUUUUUAAAAAAAACUGAAGGACAUAAUUGUGCAAUAACUUCAGAUUUUUUUUUAAUUGAAACUCCAAUCUCACUUGAAGAUGAAAAUAAGAACUAUACGAAUACAUCUUAUCAAACAUCAAAUGUAAUGUCAAUACCGUCUACUCAAAUUAAUCAAGAUUCAAGGCAAAGUUCUUCACUUGAAAAUUACGCACAUAAGAGAAUAAUAGGCAACAAUAAUGAGAAACACGAAUUUCAUAAUUUCGAACAUUUAGAAAGACUAAAUACGAAUCCGACCUCAAAAGUUUUGUCAAAUAAAAAUACAACAAAUAAAGAAAUGAAUGAGAUUUUAGAAUGCCUAUUAGUUCAUCGUACACAGUCAUCAGUAACAGAAAGACCCACUCUUUUAAACGUUAUGAAAAUCGAUAAUAUUACAGAAUCUCAAAUUGACGGCGUAUGCAUGCGACCAUUAGAUUAUAAUAUGACGCCAAAUAACAAUGAACUUGAUAUACGUCAAAUCGAAUUUACCUCUGUUACGCAUGAAACAAAUGAAACGGGUACUCGUUGCUCCCAAAUUAUAGCCAUCACAAAUAAAGAAAAUGACUUAGAAACACCGAUGUCAUGUACAACAGAUAAUUUUACUACUUCAUCAGUACAGAGCCCCAUUUCAACAUAUAAUUUAGAAGACUCAUCUCCUUCGGAAAUUUCAUCUACAGUAAUAUCAUCGAGUUCGACUCAGUUAAUUACGAAAUCAUCUCUUGCCAUGAAAGGAGAUUCAACAUUUUCAGAUUUAUUUGAAUUGGCUCGUGAUGAAAAAAGUAAUAACGCAUCGCCAGUAAUAGCUCCUUUGAGUAUUACUGAUGUCGAGAUAAUUGAUCAUAUUUCUCUUCAGGCCUAUUUAGAAAAGUCGAUUCGUAUUCCUCUCAAUGUACAGAGCCGUCUCGUUAACAAUGCUAUUAUCAAAUACUUUUUGGAAGAAAACAACUUGCUCUCACAUUUGCAUAGUCUACGUAGUUAUUUCUUUUUGCUAAAUGGGGAAUUUGCAAAGAGCUUAACAGAUUCCCUGUAUUCUCGUUUAUAUGAAAUCUCAAUACCUAUCGAACUAUUUAAUUCCGCUACUUUGACUAAUCUUCUAGAACGAGCACUCGUUAAUUCGUUUAACAAUGUUUAUAUUAAUUCGGAACUUCUCAAUCUCUCAGCAACGGACACACCAGCUCAAUUACACAUAUCAGAUCCAGCUGCAUUGGAUUGUCUUACUCUCAACUAUAAGAUAAAUUGGCCACUUAAUAUUAUACUUGAUGAGACAGUCAUGCAACAAUACAGUAAAGUAUUUAAAUUUCUAAUAACAAGCGGUCGAGUUUCAUGGGUGUUGCAAGAGGACUUUAAUAUUAUGAAAAGAGAACGAAAAGCAAUUACAUCAGAACAAUAUCAUAAGCUGCAGUUAUAUAGGCAUUCAAUGACACAAUUUAUGAAUGCGUUGCAUAAUUAUCUAACAUGUAGCGUGUUACACGCAAGUUGGGCUGAAUUUGAAAAAGAUCUGGAACAUUCUUUAACUGUAGAUCAAAUUUAUAUGGCACAUGUAAACUAUAUAAAACGUAUAUUAUCAAGAUGUAUGCUAAAUAGUCGUGGAGAAAAAAUACGCGUAUGUUUAACCAAUAUAUUUAAAGUCAUUUUGAAAUUUCAUAACAGAAUAAGAUCUCAAAACUGGGUAAUGAAAUCUACAGGAUAUGUACAUCCUAAUUUUAAAAAACUGGAACAAAUGUAUCAAGCAUUCUUUGAGUUACGAGCAUAUAUGUCGCACGUUGCGUUUAAGUUAGCUACUAGCGGGUACCAACCGCAUCUAAUGCAUUUCCUAAAUGCUCUUAAUAUAAAUCCACUGUAUGAUUUAACCGCUAAAAGUUGUCGUAACACUGUAGGCUCUGCAGAGUCUUAAUAUAAUACUAUAUACCUUCUUUCCUUUCAUUUCAAAUUUAAGAAUUUACUAUGCCAAUAUCCUCACUGCUGUAAUCUUUACAUUUUCUGUUCUUCUCAAAGUUAUUGUACAUACAAAUAAUUAACAACAAACAAAAAAUUUUUCAUAAAAAGUUUUUGAAAUAUAUUCUUAAGACAUUAAUGGGAAGAAUUAGAAUUGGAAAGAGUAAGGAUAAAUCAUAUGAAACAGCACUUUCGAUAAAAAUUAUUACACAGCAGCAAUCAAUGGUUUAUUUUUAGUAAGUACUUUAACACAACGUGGACAUAGAUCAUCUUUCUGACUUUCAGGAUAUCUCCUACAACGUUCGCACAACUUCUCUUGAAUGUCAUAUAGUUGGAUUUGUGUUUCAUUGAUAGUAUGAUUUUCAAUUAAUGUAACUGACGACAGUUGUAAUAUUUCACAUAAUUCAGACAUUGAUGGUUUUUGCUGGUCGUGAAGAAG